AUGAGAGUUGUAGUUCGUUUAGGAAUGCUACUACGCGGAACACUAAAUGUUGCAUCUGCAAAUAUAAUUGAUAAAGCAAUAGAUGAAGUAUUAAUUGCCAGAAGUAAGGUUAUUAAACGAAAUACUAAACGUGCACGAGUCUCUAUUGAUCCAGGAGUUAGGGCACCAUUAACAUGGUACUCUCCAACAAAAGGUAUAGGUAAAAUUGGUGAACAUGCUCGAAAAUUUUCUCCUGUUUUCUUUCAUACAUCUGCUAUAAGAAGUUCUGGUCAAGUAUUGGAUUGUAAUAAAGAUACAUUUAAUAAAUUAGUCAUAGAAGCAAAAGAGCCCGUUAUAGUUGAUUUUUAUGCUGAUUGGUGUGGACCUUGCAGGGUGUUGGCGCCUAUUCUUGAACGAACUGUGGGGGAAAAUAAAAAAGUUACCCUCGUAAAGCUUAACACUGAUGAUAACCCGGAACUUGCAAAAAAAUAUGAGGUUUCAGCACUCCCAACAGUGCAUGCAUUUUACAAGGGUAAAUCAAUAAAAAAUUUUAUUGGUGUGAAAUCUCCAGGAGAAAUUAAGGCUUUUGUAGAAAAUGCAGCAUUGUUAGCAAAUGAAUAA